AUGCCGAGCCCAGGUAUAAAUCAUUCUACACGAAGCAAUGAAGAAUACGCCACGUGCUCCGACGAUGAUAAUUGCAAAGAUAAUCAAAGUCCAUUAGUUUUGAUACCAAUAGGAGUGGUCUCACAGGUGAUAUUCGAAUAUAUGCAUCUGGUAUGCCUAGGCGUCAUCAAAAAAGAUGUAAAAAAUAUAGUUCAUCCGGGUUUGCUAGAUUUUGCUAAAAUUGAAAUUUCUGUUGUAACGUAUGGAGUGCUGAAUGAUAGUUUACAUCAACAUUUCUUGAUGCUGCUUCAUUCCAUUAAAACAUUGUUUGCUCCAGCUUUUUUAAGCAGAUGUUUCGAGGUUGCUGAAGUAGCUUUAGAACAAUUUGUUGCGUUUUGCGAAAAGUUGUACGGUCCAAAUUUCAGUAGCUACAACGUCCAUGGCCUUCUCCACUUGGUGAAUGACGCCAAACGUUUUGAUACAAUAGAAUCGUUUUCAGCUUUCCUGUAUGAAAGCAACAUGUCCACUUUUAGAAAAUAUUGCAGAAAAACAGGAAAACCUCUUCAACAGUUUUCCUAUAGAAUGAUCGAAAUCGAACAUUAUGGUAGUAACAUGGGAGGUGGUGACUACAACAACCAUCCACGAUGUUCCGUGUCUAUGAUGUUCCGUAAUCGUAGUGGUGAAGUUUUCUGUCAUAAACUCCAAUUACAUGCCAUAUUACUUGAUAUAGGCGAAUAUCCAGCAUCCUUAUUGUUCACACUUGCUGACUUGUUAUCUUGA